GUCUGUCAAUAGAGAGCCCGCCCACCUUGAGGGCUCUAUCGCUCUCUCUCUCUCUCAAGCAAUCUAGACGGGAAGCAGGGCCACAGGAAAGAGCUCGCCUAGUUUGCGGCUGUGGAAGCUUCAAAACUAUGACAUGCACUAUCGGCGACAGAGAAAGAGCCAAAAUGUGAGUCCCCAAACCUGCAUACACCGCUUUCUCAAAGAAGGUGCGCAAAGGUGAGAGCUCGGCUUUUACGCACUUUUAGACACGGAGCCUCACCGUGCGUAAAAGUCAGCCAAGAGACUUCUAGCGUGGUGGACAACUUUUAUUUGGACGUUAUGGACGCGGUAGCGGGACUUGUGGACUAAAAGUGCACAGAGGGGGACUUUUGUAGUGGAUGAGGACGCCCCAGCCCUGCAGCGACGCACGGUGACUAAUAAAACGCACGGCCGUGAAGCUCUUGAAUUAAAUUUGUCUGGAGCGCAGACCUUAUGUAAGAAGUAGGACAAUCAUAUUAAGAGCUUGUUCCACCAUGCGCACCCACGAGACGGGCUGCAGUGCGUAAAAGUGGCCCAGCAACUUUUGCCGGAAACUUGUGAAAGAAGAGGCAAGAGAAGAUGGGUGAGAAUGUGGAUUGUGUGGGCGCCGACGGGAAGAGCGUUAACCUGAGCGUGCUCAACUGGGAGCAAGUGCAGCGACUGGACGCCAUCCUCACCGGCUCCAUCCCCAUCCACGGCCGCUGGAGCUUCCCCACCCUGGAGGUGAAGCCGCGCGACAUCGUUAAGGUGGUCCGCAGCCGUAUGGAAGAGAAGCGGAUCCACGUCCGGGAGGUGCGGCUCAACGGCUCGGCGGCCAGCUACGUCCUGCACGAGGACAGCGGCCUGGGGUGGAAGGACCUGGACCUCAUCUUCUGCGCGGACCUCAAAGGGGAGAUGGAGUUCCAAAUUGUGAAAGAUUUGGUUCUGGACUGCCUGCUGGACUUCCUGCCUGAGGGGGUGAACAAGGAGAAGAUCACACCUAUGACCUUAAAGGAGGCCUAUGUCCAAAAGAUGGUGAAGGUCUGCAACGACUCGGACCGCUGGAGCCUCAUCUCGCUCUCAAACAACCGAGGAAAGAACGUGGAGCUCAAGUUCGUGGACUCCCUCCGGCGACAAUUCGAGUUCAGCGUGGACUCCUUUCAAAUCCGACUGGACUCGCUCCUGCUCUUCUACGAGUGCUCAGAGCACCCCAUGGCCGCCACCUUCCAUCCCACUAUCCUCGGUGAGAGCGUCUAUGGUGACUUCCCCGCUGCCCUGGACCACCUUCGCAAGCGUCUCAUCUGCACCAGGAGUCCAGAGGAGAUCCGGGGCGGGGGUCUGCUGAAGUACUGCCACCUGCUGGUGCGGGGUUUCCGUGCAGCCUGCGACACAGAGAUGAAAGUGCUGCAGCGCUACAUGUGCUCGCGCUUCUUCAUAGACUUCCCCGACGUGAGCGAGCAGAAGAGGAAGCUGGAGUCCUACCUGCAGAACCACUUUGUGGACCUGGAGGACAGGAAGUACGACUACCUGGCCGUGCUGUACGACGUGGUGCAGGAGAGCACGGUGUGCCUGAUGGGCCACGAGAGGCGCCAGACGCUGGGCCUCAUCUCCUCGCUGGCGUUGCGCGUGCUGGCCGAGCAGAACGCCAUCCCCAACGCCGCAAAUGUCACAUGCUUUUACCAGCCCGCCCCGUACGUCGCCAACUGCAACUUCAGCAACUACUACGUGGCUCAGGUCCAGCCUCUCUUCUCCUGCCCACCCUCGCCACCCCAGCAGUACGUCCCCCCCACACAGCAUCCCAUGUACACCACAUGGCUGCCCUGUAACUAAACCUCCACUACUACUAACCGUCCUAUCCCUAAAAUGGGGGUAGUGAAAGAGUCCAAGGGCGAAUGCGGACAAUGGAACAUGGCGGAGAGUCAAGAGGCUUCAACAGCCUGGACUUUAUUCAGCGAUAUCUGACAGGAAGUGUGAAUAUCCACAUCCCCUUGACGGUGAAGAUGUUGAGUCACUUUCUGUCUGUUACUGUGUGACUUCUUUAAUAAUGCAAAAAUGAGGAAGCAACUACUGUUUACAUAACCGCUACAAGAGAAACAACAAAACAAUGCAUGCUUUUUACGUCUUCAAGUGCCUGGGGAAAAAAAAGGGAAAUAUAUAUUUUUGUGAUUUUGUAGAAAUCCGGUCCAUUCAAUGAAUGUAUUGCUAAGCAGAGUUUACCUGUGCUGUGAGGGACCAAGUGAUUUUUUUUUCUUGUUGUCAUCAUUGCUGCAAUAUUUAGACAGAAGACUCUCAAACACAAAAGGCGAUUACCAAAGAGGAAGUAGCAACACACGACUGUAAAGAAUUAAAGAGAGCCGGAAAAAGAAUAUGCUUAUACCCAUGAAAUAGAAGGCUUGUUUGCAGACAGUUUCAUUUCUGAUGUGCUGCAAAAUAAGGUGAAGUGGUUACAACCAUAAAGUGAGUCACAACUCAGACGGCCUUACGUCACAUUUGAAGAAAACUGGAAAAUGCGAUGACAAGCAGCAGUUGACAUAUGCAAAAAGUAGAAUGUGAGUCGAUGAUUUUCAGUAAACAAAAGUAAACACGUCAUUGCGGUCACUGCACCUCACCGACCCUGGGAUUAGUACAUCAAUACCAAAUAAGUCCACAAAGAUUUGGACCAAUAAAACAGGAAGUCACAUCAUCAAUAAACGCCAGCAAGCUGUUCCAAUAGCAGGUGACGGGGUCAUUAUUUUCAUGACUAUUUACAAUCAUUGUCCACACGGUACUCUGUAUGAAAUGGCUGUAAUUCCUAAAUGGCAAAUGCCACAGUUCUUUUGUUAAAUUAAAGCUGAAAGCCACA